AUGCACCUGGCCUCUCCUCUGUACCUGGCCCCUCCUCUGUACCUGGCCUCUCCUCUGUACCUGGCCUCUCCUCUGUACCUAGCAUCUCCUCUGUACCUGGCCUCUCCUCUGUACCUGGCCUCUACUCCGCACCUGGCCUCUCCUCUGUACCUGGCCUCUCCUCUGUACCUGGCCUCUCCUCUGUACCUGGCCUCUCCUCUGUACCUGGCCUCUCCUCUGUACCUGGCCUCUCCUCUGCACCUGGCCUCUCCUCUGCAUCUGGCCUCUCGGCUGAUGAUGAGCUGGUUGCUAACGGGCUGGUCCUGGGGCUGGUACCUGGGGCUGGUACCUGGGGCUGGUACCUGGGGCUGGUACCUGGGGCUGGUACUUGGGGCUCGUACCUGGGGCUGGUACCUGGGGCUGGUACCUGGGGCUGGUACCUGGGGCUGGUACCUGGGGCUGGUACCUGGGGCUCGUACCUGGGGCUGGUACCUGGGGCUGGUACCUGGGGCUGGUACCUGGGGCUGGUACCUGCGGCUGGUCCUGGGGCUGGUCCUGGGGCUCGUACCUGGGGCUGGUACGUUCCAGGGCCAGUGGCUGGGGGGGAUGCGGCACGGCUAUGGGGUCCGGCAGAGCGUGCCAUAUGGCAUGGCGGCCGUCAUCCUCUACCCGCUCCGCACAUCCAUAAACUCCCUCCGCUCCGAGCACAGCCACGGCCCCCCCACCCCGCUGGAGGACGGCACCGGGACCGCUGUCUCGCCUGCCGACGGGGUGGUGGGGGGCGGGCUGGUCGGGAGUCCUGUGGGGAGGGGGGGCUUCGCUCUAACUGCGCCCAGCGAGGCUGACCGUCGGGGGAAGAGGAAAGGCCGUUUCCGUCAGUCGAUCCUGAGUGGUCUGAAGCUGCGUCGCUCCGAGUCCAAGAGUUCCCUGGCCAGCCAGCUGAGUAAACAGAGCUCGUUCUGCAGCGAGGCCGGGAUGAGCACCGUCUCCUCUGCCGCCUCCGACAUACACUCCAACGCUAGCCAGGAUGGCGAGCAGGGUGCUCCCGUGGAUGCCACGGUCACCGAGGCCUACGCCGGCGAGUGGCGCAGCGACCAGCGGGCGGGUUGGGGCGUGAGCCGGCGCUCCGACGGUCUACGCUACGAGGGGGAGUGGGUGGCCAACAAGCGCCACGGUUAUGGCUGUACAACGUUCCCCGACAGCACCAAAGAGGAAGGGAAGUACAAGCAGAACGCGCUGGUCAGCGGGAAGCGGAAGAACCUGAUUCCUCUGAGAGCCAGUAAGAUCAGGGAGAAGGUGGAGCGGGCUGUGGAAGCGGCUGAGAAGGCUGCAGACAUCGCCAAGCAGAAGGCAGAGAUCGCAAUGUCCAGGAUGAGCCACGCGAGGGGAAAGUCGGAUGCAGCUGAAGGUGUGGCCCUGAAGGCUGGCGAGGAAUGCCGGAUGGCCAGGAUCGCUGCCAAGGAACUCUCGCCGUCCUUCCAUAUCCAUGGAAACGGUGAAUCCAACGGUCUGGAGUGCCAGCGGCCCAAUAAGCACCAGGACAACAAAGACCACGAGAUCGUUUCCACGGGAACUGACAGUCCUGAGCUGUGCACCCCGGACACCACGCCUCCCGUGAUAACGCCUGACCUCAGCCCAGUCCUGAGCGUCCCCCCCUCGCCCCCCCGCAGCCCGCCAACCUCUAAACACGGUCACUCUCACCGUCCCAGAAACGCCUGCUUCAUGCGGCAGAGCGCUGUGGACGACCACGGAGGAGCAGAGAUACAGGUGCUAGUGGAGGGGCGGGGCAUGGAUCUCCAGAGGGGAGGAGCUAACAACUGGACAGAGGACAUGUAUCCAGACCGGGGGGGUCUCAGCAGCCAAUCCCCAUCUCUACCUGAGGAGCAGGAGGGACAAGUCAACGGUCACGAGCAGGCCCCGUCCAACCACAAACCGAGGGAGAAGGCCUCGACCAACCACAAGUCCCGGGAGCACACUUCCUCUUCCUAUAGGUCGUGGGAGCACUCUUCCUCGUACAACCAGAAGCCCUCAAAGCACACCUCAUCCAAUCACAAGUCGAGGGAGUACAUGCAGUCCAAUCACAAAACAUGGGAUCAUUCCUCCUCCACCAAUCACAGGGCCUGUGAGAAUGCCUCUUCCAAUUACAAGCAGCAGGUGCACAUUUCAUCCAAUCACAAAGCCUUGGAGCAUAACCUGUCCAAUCACAAGACUUCUGAGCAUGCUUCUUCCAAUCACAAGUCGUGCCAAGAUUAUACCUGCUCCAAUCACAUCCCAAAGGACCAUGUCUCCUCAGCCAAUCACAACAACCCCCGAGAGCAUGUGUACUCCAACCACCAUUCCAAGCAGCAGCACAUCUCAUCCAAUCACAAGCUUAGCAAGCAUGCCUUGCCCGACCCUGGGCUCGACAGCCCCGCAGGGGGCUGGACUGCCGACGACGCCCUGCGGUGGAGCCCUGCCCACUCGCGCCUCACGGACCGAGAGGAGGAGGAGGACAGGCUGGGAGACUACACAGUAGACAUGAGGUUCCAGCCCCUGGACUCCACUACCCAGAUGUCCCCUGGCCCGGGCCCCAAAAGCAGGUUGCGCCCGCGGGGCCAGCGGCCGUUCAAGGAGGGCUCCAUGGACUCUGUACAGAUGCUGGACACUCUGAAUGUGGGGGCAGAGCAGGAGGAGUGGCCCCUGCACAGGGACCUCACUCUCUCCCCGCCUCUCAAGUCUCAGCCAAUCACCUUGGAGCAGGACGAGGAGCACCUCACCCUCAAAUCAAACUCAGGCUCCAGCUCUGUCCUGGUUGUCAUGGUUAUUUUACUCAACAUUGGAGUAGCCAUCCUCUUCAUCCAUUUCUUUAUUUAAACUUCCUUCUAUGAUCUACUAAGUCUUACUAUUAUUAUUAUUAUGAUGAUGACUUCUAUUCCAUGAGUUAUUAUUGAUCCAGACGUGACUCUGCCCAGCCAACGGGAGGCUGCAGCGUGGAAGGAGGAGUGACGACGGACAUCGACAACAUGGUCUUUCUAUUGUUGUUAACAACACACUGUUGUUCCCUUGUCCACCCCUUUGAUGUUAAUCUCAUCUCAUGUCACAGACUCAGUUAAGGUAUAUAAUUCAACAGAUUUAUCUAUCUGCCUUGAGUUUCUAAAACACUACAGUUUAUUUUUUAUUUUUAAUGAAUUGGCCUUUUGUUGUGCUUGCAACCACGUGGAAAGGUAUUGCAUUACGACUGUGGAAGGGGAUUAGAACAGCAGCUUUGAGAUGGUGCGAUGUGAUGUGGUGGCGUAGUCGGCCACAAAUGCACGGGUUUUGUUAGUAGGGCACCUGCUGUAUAGAGGACAGGAUACACAGGACACAGACUAUGUCCACUUGACCCAUCCAUCCAAGACUAGUGUACAGCACCCUCUGUCCUACACUUUAUCCCACUUAACAAUAUGACAUGCUAGCCCAGAGCAUGGUGAUCACACUUCUUCACCCACCCUAGCCCCUAUACCCUAUACCCUAUGGCCUCAUCCACCAACCGCUGGGGUGCCUCUCAAAUGGCACCCUAUUCCCUAUAUAGUGUACUACUUUUGACCAGAGCUCUAUGGAGGCUACAGUUAAACAUAGUGCAUGAUAGAGGGUAUAAGGUGCCAUUAGGGACGUAGUCCUGAUCUAUGCUACCAAACUAUGCUGCAAGAGAAGAUCCAUGUUAAAGGGCUCCGCCAUGUUUAUUUUCCUGUUCACCAUAACACACGCACACACACACACACUCACUCUCUCACACAUACACACGCACACACUCUCACACACACACUCUCUCACAUACACACUCUCUCACACAUACACACGCACACUCUCUCACACAUACACAGGCACACACACACUCUCUCACAUACACACUCACUCACACACAUACACAUACACACAGACACAGACACAGACACACACACAGACACACACACACACACACACACACACACACACACACACACACACACACACACACACACACAUUGCAUGAGGGCGUGUGCAGUUAAAAUAGCAUCUUCCUCUCCCUCUGUCUUUUACAUCUGGUGUUCUUCAUUUGUACACAAACCCACCCAGGUAUCCAUUCUUAUGGUUCCCUUCACCCAGAUAUCCAUUCUUAUGGUUCCCUUCACUGCAACUAUGAACUGAGAGUUGGGAUCAAUGCCGUUUCACAUUCAGUCGAAUCAGGAAACUGACAUUUUUAAGAUUCGAUUCAUGAAUUGAAUAAAACCCACACGUUUCUAUGAGUUUUUUUUUUGAUCCAUGAAUCAUUCAUGAAUGAUCUCAACCCUAUCACUUACACAACAAAACACACGCAGUGUCCACACCCACAGACACACACACACACUACUGACAUACUGAGGACUAUGGAGGUGGGAGAAUUCAGGCUUGCCCCUGUGUACAGCAUUGAGACUGUUACGUUAUAACACUGAUUCUAAGUAUAUAUAUAUAUAUAUGUAUGUAUCAUUAUUAUUCAGAUGUUUGUUACUGUUGAGCAUUUUGCCAGACAGAGAGAAUGCUGAGUGCCUCGUAUUUAUUUAUUUAUUAUUCAUGUAAUGAUUCACUUGAUGAAACACCCCUCGUGGGACAUGCAGUCUGGGAAGGGGGGGGUCGACCUUCAGAAUGGUGAAAGGUUGACCCCUCCUGAAGUGGCAUGCACCGUUUAGUCUCUCUCCCAGUCGGACUUCUUCCAGACCAGUCCACAGGGAGAACCGGGUCUCUUCCAGACCAGUCCAAAGUCCCAAAUGGAACCCUCUUCCCUAUAUAGCUAGUGCACUACUUUGGGAGAACAUUAGGCCCUGGUCCAGAAUGGUGCAUGGUAUAUAGUGAAUAGGGUGCUAUUUGGGAAUACAGCCUGGAUGUGUUCUCCUUCAGUGUCACCUCCAGACAUGCUGGGGGACCCAUGAGAUGUUUUUCAGCAUGUUUGUUUAGCCUGCUCAAAUCUGGUGUCCGUCAGUUUGUGAGUCUCUCUCUCUCCGGCUCUCCUAGUGUUUUUUUACCCAGCAACAGGUGGCUGGCGCUGAGGCAGAGACCAUCAUCGGGGUCAAAUAAAUAAAAACGCUAGCUUUUAAAAACUCUUGUGGAUUUUAAAAAUGUUCGAUCCAGAGUUUUAUGAAUGAGCUAAAAAAAAAUCUGUUCUGCUGUUUUAUACUUGGCACCCGGUGACAUCAUGUUGUGACAUCAUUGCAUGCCCAAGCAUGCUCUUUUCUUACGCUUUUGGUUUAUGAUAUGUGGAGAAAAAUAAUGAAAUGUUUGAAAUGACUGUG